CCGAUCGUUCCGGACCGGGCUCCAGUGGGAGCAGUGAUCCUCUCCCAAGUCAGUAGUCGAUGUACCGCCACCGACAACGCCACCGGCAGCAGCUUCCAAACAGUGGCCAGUGAAUCGUGUGCAAUAAUGCUGACAAACAGUGCAAUGAAAGGCCUUAUUGUGUUCCUCACACUAGUGAUUACCAUCGAUAAGCUGAACGCCACAGCUGAGCAGUAUCUCUCCAGCUGUCAGACACCGGAUGGUGAGGCCGGAACCUGUGUGCUGGUCCGCGAAUGCCCAUUCGCUCUGGCCGUGCUGAAGAAGAAGGAUCACACCCACAACGAUGUGCGCUAUCUGGAGGCGACCCGUUGUGGUGAGCUGGGGAAAAAGGUUCUGGUCUGCUGCAAUGAACCGAACGUGACGCAAACCUCGGAACCGGUCGAUGCGGAAACCAUUGCCGAGUUGGUGGAGAAUCGGUUCGGUACGCGGGAACAGAAGCGAGAUCUGCUACCACCGGUCUGUGGCCAAUCAAGCAACGAUCGUCUUAUAGGGGGCGAUCGAGCCUAUCUGUUCGAUUAUCCCUGGAAUGCGUUAAUCCAGCAUCGAACGAAAGAUGGAGAGGCUCGGUUUCACUGUGGAGGUGCCUUGAUCAACAAUCGAUACGUAGUCACCGCGGCCCAUUGCAUAAUGGGCAUGAAGAAAUCCUGGACCAUCACGGGAGUUCGAAUUGGGGAAUCCAACACAGCGACGAAUCCCGAUUGUUUCCAUGAACAAGGUGAUGCGGUUUACGAAUGUGCCGAUCCGGUUCAGGAUAUCGCCAUCGAAAAGGUAUUGAUACCAGAGAACUACACUGGCGUCAAUGGCACACCGGAAGUCAAGCACGAUAUCGCACUCCUCCGCCUUGCACGGCGCGUUGAACUGAGUGAGAGUGUCGCACCGAUCUGUUUGCCGGUUGAUUUCAAAGUUCAAAACGAACUGAACGCCGUGUCACCAAGACGCUUCAUCGAAAGCGGUUGGGGCAAAACGAUUGACGCGGCUGGUAAUGAGCAUAAGAUGACCUUCUCUUCGGAGGCCGUGUCACAGGACGAAUGCCGCCAGAAGUAUCCCCAUGCCAACUUGGACGAUGGACACAUUUGUGCCAAACCACAGCGGGAAGCCGACACUUGCCGGGGGGACUCGGGUGGUCCGCUAGCGGUUCUCCAUUCCAAGGGUGCCCUUUACCUGGUUGGUGUGGCAAGUCUACGAAAGCAGUGCGCCAUCACCGGGGAGCCUGCGGUGUACACAAAUGUGGAGCGUUACGUUGAUUGGAUCAUCGAUAAUCUCGAACCGUAAAGAUUCCUUUAAGGCUUGCGAAUGGCCAAACUAUCCGGGGGAAUGCUAUGCUGCAAUGCUUCAAAUUGAGUAAGCAAGCAUAGCAAGUAUCAUUACAACGGAUCCACGACGAGCAAAUAGGUACAAAUAAAAGUUAUAAAAAUAUCAGAAUUAU